GACACUGGUGCGGGACCUGCCUUUUAGUGUUGUUCUCGUCUUUUCUUGUCAUUAGGACGAAGAUGGAGUGCGUAAAUGCAGUGUAAAAUGUCUUGAUAAAUUCCGCGUUUUAGUAUUAUCCUGAGAUCAAAAUGAGAUAAUAAUACAUGCGGAUACUGAUAAAAUAAAAUGGGACAUUGGGCUCUAAAUCAGUUAAAUCAUGUUAAAGGACAUUCAGUUCGGUGCUCGAUUUAUCUGCUCUUAUUAGCACGAUGGGGAUAUUUUGAUUUGUAAGGAAGCGAGGAAGAUACGGUUUUGAAAGAUAACCAAUGGGCAAAUGUAUUCUUUGUAAAUUAGAUGAUAAAUGCUGAACUGCUGGAGAAUGCAGGUUCAUUGAGAAGGCCAACUGUACGAAUCAGGAGAAAGUGAAGAAUCUGAGAAUUACACAGCACGCGAGGAGGCAAGCAGAGACACGCAUACAGUCACCUCACAACAUAUUAUUCGAAUUGAAAUGCCGAACGGUCGCCCUGUGGAAGGAGGUUGCUGCUGCACUGAAGUGUACAGAAGCCGAAUGUAAGGACAAAUGGCGCCACUUAAGAAGCAACUUCAUGAGGGAAAGGAGAAAUAUUAGGGCCAAAUCAUCUGGAUCAGCUAAUACCGAAACAAGGAGAUGCUCCGAGCCAGAAGAACUUUCCUGCUGAUCAACCUGGUCGUGGUCUUACUGAACGCAGGCCUGGGAAUCCUCGUUAACCUGGCUGCGUUCACUAACAGGACGGGACUCAGGGAGAGAUACCUUAAUCUGCCUUCAAAUGUUUCCAUGUCACCGUCUCCAGCCGAGCCCGGUGAGGAGAUGCUGUCCGCAGCGUUCGGUCUGAUAGACAAGACGGGGAACUACACAAAUCACCCGUUCGUGUGGGCGGGGUCGGAGUGGGCGACGGUCACCUCGGACUCGCGGGUGUGCCUCUCCACCCACGCCACGGUGGACCGGCUCUUCUGGGUGGCGUGGCAGGCGGAGGCGUGGAGCGGGCCGAUGUCCGUGUCCAUCUUCGCCCCCGGCUCCGACUACGCCGUGGCCGCCGCCAUGGUGUCCUACCUGCGGCGCUGCUUUACCAUCGUGCACGAGCGAGUGUCCUUCCACCUCGUGCACACGAGGAUGCGCCCUCCGAGAACCUCGCCGCACUACGAGGUCUACCGUCUCAACUGCGCCGAGCCGGAGGAGGCAAACGAAGCCCUCAUGGCGCUCAGAGACAAGAUGGAGGCCAGGGAACGACGGUACCCACAGAACCUUAUGAGGAACCUCGCGCGAAGGACCUGCCCCUGUGACUAUACCCUCAGCGUAGACAUUGAUAUGCUCACGCCUCCUUACAUGGCCGAAAACAUGACCGGAUUCCUGGACACUGUGAAGGCCACCUCUCCGUGCUGGAAAUGUGCCUAUGUUAUUCCCGUGUACGAGCUGCAAGACUCGGUCGCUUACCUGCCCAAUGACAAGAUUGAUCUGCUCAGACUGCUCCUGAAAAAGCAGGCUAGGAGAUAUCACGAAAAGGUAUACGCCAAGAACCAAGGCAAUUCCAGGCUGGAGAACUGGGAGGUUGAGCCACUCAACGUAAGUGCCACGGAAUACCGCGUCCUCUACAACAUCACGACGUACGAGGAGUUCUGGGAACCCAUCCUGGUGCUGCCCUUCACGGCUCCUCUCUUCGACGAGCGCUUCGUCGGAUACGGGUUCACGAGGAGCAGUCAGGUAUAUGAGCUACAUCGUCGUGGCUACAAGUUUCAGGUGCUGGACAGGGCGUUUCUUACUCACAAGGGUUUCCAGACAACCACAAAUUAUUCUACACUACGAUACGCUCAGAUCGAGAUAAACAAGGUACGGUACCAAAUGUUUAAGAGGGAACUCCACGCGCAGCUAGGCUUACAGAUGCCCACGCAGAGUAAGGGGGCGCCCUUGAGACAGAAGCUGACGUCCCUGCUGGCAAAGCGUUCCCAGUCUCCCCGAAAUCGAUUGUCAAUAAGGACGGUGCCGGCGAAGAAAAAGCUACUGGGCGUCGGAAGGUAAAGCGGCGGUUUUAACAGCGUCCGGAACUUGUGUUCACCGGAAACACAUGUUAGUUAUCCUAGUAUCCUGCUGUGAAAUGAAAGUAAACAUGAGAGGUGAACACUAACAGGUUUUAAAGAUGAUUUGAUAAAAAAAAAAUAUAUAUAUAUCUUGUGAUAGUUAAAAACGUAUAUGCAUACUUAGCAACUAUACUACAUCGCGUAUUGGAUAUUUAGGAUAAAUUGAUCGUAAGCAAUUUCAUCAAUGUUUUCAAAAUACAAGAUUAACAUUUGCAUUUUAAGUGUGACAGCGAUUAAAAUUCACAAAAAGCAAAGGUUAUCCAGUACCACCAAACGCUUUGAAAUACCUGGUGAAAAAUAUAAAGAUAUUAGAAACAAAUCUAAAUAAAACACCAUACAAUUUUGAAAGACCGGGAAGGCUUAAAUAAAUUUUUAUAAUAUAAA